CCGGCCACGCCGCCCAUGACAGCGCCCGCGCGAAGAUGGCUGCGAAGGGCGCGCACGGCGCCCACCUGAAGCUCGAGGCCGAGCUGGAGCGCUGCCGCGCCGAGGGCCGGUGGCACCGCGUCCCCGCGCUCGUGCGCCAGCUGCAGGCGCUCGCCCUGCCCGCCGGGGCCCCCCGCAGAGCCGCCGCCGCGUCCGGACACGCGCGCCUCUGCUCCGGAGACGCCGAUGACUUGGGGAAAUUGCUUCUGGCUGAGGCCCUCCUGGAGCAGUGUUUGAAGGAGAAUCACACUAGCAUCAAAGACUCCAUCCCUCUACUGGACAAGAAUGAGCCGAAGAUGCUCGAAGCCCGGAACUAUCUGAACAGUGUCCUUAGCCAGGGGAGAUUGUCGCCACAGUACAUGAAUGAGGCCUUGUUGAUCCUGGGCAAGGUGCACUACGUGGAGGGGGCGUACCGUGACGCUGUCAGCAUGUAUGUCCGUGCGGGGAUCGAUGACCUGACCCUGGAGAACAAGCCUCUCUACCAGAUGCGGCUGCUGGCAGAGGCCUUCGUCAUCAAAGGCCUCUCCCUGGAACGCCUGCCCAGCACUGUUACUUCCCGCUACCGCCAGACGGAGAGGGAGGAAGAGGUGAGCGUCUGCUUCGAGAAGGCCUCCUGGAUUGCGCAGGUGUUUCUACAGGAGCUAGAGAAGGUCACAAGCAGUGCAACCCCUCGGCAUCUGAAGGGCGCCCACCCCGUGGACUACGAGCUCUCCUACUUCCUAGAGGCAGCUCUCCAAAGCAGCUAUGUCACCAACCUGAAGAAGGGGAACAUCGUGAAAGGCGUCCGAGAGCUCCGGGAGGUGCUCCGGACUGUGGAGACCAAAGCCACACAGAACUUCAAAGUGGUGGCCGCCAAGCACCUAGCAGGGGUCUUGCUGCACUCGCUGAGUGAGGAGUGUUACUGGGGACCCCUGUCUCAGCCUCUGCCCGAGUUCCCAGGCAGGGAGGACAGUGCCUUCGCCACGCAUGCCCUGCGCAAGCCACACAUCUACGAAGGAGACAACCUCUACUGCCCCAAGGACAACAUCGAGGAAGCCCUGCUUCUGCUCUUACUCAGCGAGUCCAUGGCCACCCGGGACGUGGUGCUGAGCCGGGCACCGGAGCAGGCAGAGGACCGGACCAUGAGUCUGCAGAAUGCCUCGGCCAUCUACGACCUUCUGAGCAUCACGCUGGGCAGGCGUGGCCAGUACGUCAUGCUGUCUGAGUGUCUUGAGAGAGCCAUGAAGUUUGCAUUUGGAGAAUUUCACCUUUGGUACCAAGUGGCUCUGUCCAUGGUGGCAUGUGGGAAGUCGGCCUAUGCUGUGUCACUGCUGCGUGAGUGCAUGAAACUGCAGCCCUCGGACCCCACUGUGCCGCUGAUGGCCGCCAAGGUCUGCAUCUGCUCCCUGCACUGGCUGGAGGAUGCAGAGCACUUUGCCUCAUUGGUAAUCGACCUUGGCGAGGAGGCCGGCGAGUUCCUCCCCAAGGCCUACCUGGCACUUGGCCUCACCUAUAGCCUGCAGGCCAGUGAUGCGACACUGAGGUCCAAUCAGGACGAGUUACACCGAAAAGCCCUGCGGAUGCUGGAGAGAGCCCAGCAGCUGGCCCCUGGUGACCCCCAGAUCAUCCUCUACAUGUCCCUGCAGCUGGCUCUUGUCCGCCAGAUCCCCAGCGCCCUGGAGCAGCUGCAGGAGGCACUGAAGCUGGGCGGGGACGAUGUCCACGCGCUACACCUGCUGGGCCUGCUCUUCUCAGCCCAGAAGCACUACCAGCACGCGCUGGACGUAGUCGAUAUGGCCAUCAGCCAGCACCCCGAGAGUUUCAGCCUGAUGUUCACCAAGGUCAAGCUGCAGCAGGUCCUGAAGGGCCCCGAGGAGGCGCUGGUCACCUGCCGGCAGAUGCUGCGCCUAUGGCAAUCGCUUUACAACUUCUCCCAGCUCGGGGGCCUGGAGAAGGAUGGCAGCAUCGGUGAGACCGCCCCGGCCAAGAAGCAGAGUGGCCUGUACCUCACACUGCCCGAUGCACAUGACGCGGACUCUAGCUCCCAGCGGGCCUCGUCCAUCGCAGCGUCCCGGCUGGAGGAGGCAAUGUCGGAACUGACUGUGCCCAGCUCGGUGCUGAAGCAGGGCCCCAUGCGCCUGUGGACCACACUGGAGCAGAUCUGGCUGCAGGCUGCCGAACUAUUCCUGGAGCAGCAGCACCCCAAGGAAGCGGGAUUCUGCACGCAGGAGGCUGCCAGUCUGUUCCCCACCUCACACUCGGUACUGUACAUGCGGGGCCGCCUGGCCGAGGCCAAGGGCAACCUGGAAGAGGCCGAGCAGCUGUACAAGGAGGCACUCACGGUGAACCCCGACAGUGUGCACAUCAUGUGCAGCCUGGGCCUGAUUUUGAACCGCCGGGGCCACCGGAACCUGGCCCAGAAGGUGUUGCGGGAUGCUGUGGAGAGACAGAGCACAUGCCAUGAAGCGUGGCAGGGCCUGGGCGAAGUGCUGCAGGCCCAGGGCCAGAGCGAGGCGGCCGUGGAUUGCUUCCUCACUGCACUGGAGCUGGAGGCCAGCAGUCCCGUGGUGCCUUUCUCCAUCAUCCCCAGGGAGCUCUGAUUGCCCUUCUCCAUCAUCCCAGGGAG